CUAAAUGAAAAGAUGAUCAGACCUUUGGAUCAAUACAAAGUAAUACAAGUAUCAGUGUCAAUAUGGAUUUUUCAUGGGAGGCCAAGAACCCGACAAGGACGCUUUCCUCAUAAUGAAGAGAUCCCCAGCGAAUUCCAUGCUUGGACCCUAACCCGCAGCAACCAAGAAUUGCGGAAGAUCCAUUGGGCUCUCUUCGUAGACGCUCUUUCGCGGACACCCUGUAUGAAGAAGACAGUGGAAGACGGAGCGUGGCUUCUGGCGCAGGUAGAGGGGAGACAGGAGGGGUGCAGGGGUGUCGGACUGUCGGUGCGAGAGGGUGAGCAGGAGGAUCACGGGGUGCGGGCGCGGGAUGAGGGGAGACCCGGUGAGAGGGAGAGGGUACAAGCCACUAGGACGAGGGGGACGGAGGGGAGCCUCGGAAAGCGGCAGAGCGAAGCGACAGGCGGCCAGCCGUGUCUCCGGCGAACUCACCGCUUCCCAAUGGCGCGCCACUUCGAUUCCUCGGUGUUGGCUUUGACUUCAUCUUCCUUUUGCCCUUCAUCCUUCCGCAUCCCGCAAGCCGGAAUCGUGCAAGAGGAUGACGUGCCAUAUAUGCCAGCGCACCUUUCCUCUUCAGCAUCCUCUGCCCCUGGACGCCUGCACCUGUCCUCCUGGGGUUCACCUGCGAAACAGUACGACGCAGCCUUACCGGACCCUCGCGAGCCAUCCAACACCUGUUGCCGCGGAACAACUGCGCCUGGUGUAUAUCUACCUGAUCCCUGCAGGACAAACGCAUUGGCGUCACGCAGAAUGGACGAUCAGUGCUGAUG